GUGUGUGUUUGAAUAUUCGAUCAGAUAUAGUAUUUCCCCAGAUUCUGUGCUUUAGGUGCUGUAUUUCAGUCAUAACUGAGGGCAAACCCCCACCCCUCUGCACACCCACACUUCACACUUUAUAUCUUCAUCUCACACUUCUUCACUCGAAACUUUUAUCUGUUCGUAGAAUUUGACAUUCAAAUUUCUGUAGAGGAAAUCCACUUCUCCCCAACUCUGUUUAUAGGCUAUUAAUCAGUUUACUAUAUCUUUUAGUUUCUUUCCCACCUCUAAAGGCCAUGAUGCUGAUUGUGGUGAUGAUGUAUGCAGUGGGCAGUAGUAUAAAUAUGAUGGUCAGUUGUUAGUUGGAGCAUAUGAUCAUCAAGACGACCACAGCUGAACCUCUGCUCCUUUAUUGCAUCACUUCAAUGUUACUUCAUCUAAAAAUGAAGGCCAUGUCAAUGUGGAUAUUUGGGCUCCUGUGCCUCAGCCUCUCAGGAGCACAUGGACUGCACGAGUUUCCAGGAAACUUUGUUGUCGCCAAAAGAAACAGUGAAGAUCCAGUCGUUCUGACCUGCAGUACAAAUACUGAAGGAAAUGUCACAUGGAAUUUUAAUGGGGAAGAGAUAGAUGUGGAUUUGGAGGACCAUCUCCAGCAGGACGGGCUACAUUUGACAGUGUCAGAGGUAGGCACUCCCACGCUGGGAGAAUACAGCUGCUGGAGAGGAGGGAGCAGGUUAUCAUCAACCUAUCUGCUGUUGGAGGCAGAGGAGGAUUCUCCUCUCAGUUGUCAGGCAAAGUCUUAUGACUGCUUCUUCAGCUGUUCCUGGACCAACACUGAAUAUGAAGUAGUGCGCCUUGGACUUGGCCCAGAGUGCACUGAAGGUGAGCAGUCCUGUCAAUGGGUCAGCAGUAGAGAUCUGCACUCAGACGGGACAUUCCAGUUUGAGGUGCCACAUGCCAUCUCACCCUACACCGAAGAAAGCACCGUGCUUGAAGUCACAGCUGAGGCCAUCGCUGACCUCUCCAUCCUCAGGAAAACCAUUAGGUUUUAUCUCAGAGAAAUCGUUAAACCCGACAGCCCCCAGAUUGUCCGGUGUCAGGAGAUGGAGCAGGACUUGAACGUGACCAUUGAUCCUCCAUCCAGCUGGUCCACUCCUCACAGCUUCUUCAGUCUGGAGCACGAGAUCGAAUAUGUGCUCAAAGAUAACGGCAAGACUGGACGUUCUUUGUCAACUCUGAUACCGAAGACGAUCAGCAAGCUGAGGGUUCGCUCCAGAGACUCGCUGGUGCUCUCGGACUGGAGCCAGUGGACUCCCUGGAAAAAUGUAACCUACUGAUUCUAUAAGAACACAAACC